UGCACGGAACCUUCAUGUGUUGGGAACGAAAUCACAUGCCACGGUGAAGCACAGUCACCAGUAUUACGGCAUUAUGCGGGUCUUAUUUACCAUAUUUCUACCACGCUCUUUAUGCCUCAAGGCAUUGUCUCUAAGUCUAGACGGUAUUCCUUGAGUCCGUAUUCUGUGUGGGUUUUUCUGGCAUGCUUUCCCAUGUAUUUAUCAGCUCUGGAAGGAAGAUUUGAAACCGAAUGCACUAAACAAGAGCGCACUGACGAACAGCAAAUUGCCAUCGCACCCGAACUAUACCUCCCGGGCGGUGGGUUCCGUCUCGACCGACUGACCGCGGCGGAAUGUAUCCAGUAUGUCAUGCUACAUGAUUAUUAUUGUAGUCCUGUCCAUUCUCUAGAACUAUCCUACUGUACCGCCCCAGCGACCCCGGACUAUGAUCCUUUCGAAACAUAUCUUGAGGUGGCAUGCGAAGAAAGCCGUUUGGUAGCCGCAGCAGCUGCAAACAUCAGCCGCAUAAGUCCUCGGCGCGCCGUCGUCCUUUCCCUUUCCGACGGAAACGGCACAGAAGACACACUGCAAGCCAGUGUCGUGGAACCCAUUCGUCAGCAGAUAAUCAGUUUGAGCGUGGGCAGUUGUGCCACGCCCUAUACGACGGUUAAAAUUCACCGCCUUGGCGACCUGAUAAAUCUGCUGGGCCUUCAAAUUAAUCAUUGCUCGGGAUUGAUCGUCCGCAAGCGGGAUUUUCAGCGGAUGCCCCGCGUGCGCCAAAUUGUCCUUCGCUUGUCGAGUAUACAGUUUCUCGAGCCGUACACUUUCACAACACUGGUGCAUCUGCACAGCCUGGUUUUGGAGAGCUAUGUCAGUGUGGAUAUGGUGCACCACGAAGAGCGGGAUAAGAUGAAUGAAGAAGUUGCUCUGCCUCUUCCACCAAAUUGGAAGUAUUAUGAGUUGGAGGAAGUAUACCGGCUGCAUUGUGACUGCUCCUUUGCGUGGCUACGAAACUUCUUCAAGACUCAUCCAUAUCUCACGACAGAAAAAGAUCGUGGAGAAGUUUUUAUCGUCGGCAGUUACGCUUCGGAUAUUGUUGAUGGUCGCGCCAUGGGGUAUCCAGAAUUUCUUAGUGUCGACUGUCAGCGUGAUUUAACGCCGACGAAUUUUCUAGCCGGCAGUGAAUUUUCCUACAAUACUGGUUGCUACAAUCUGACAUGCUGAUUACGCUUGCCAUGCACCGCAAUCAUAAUAUGGAAAUAUAUGCCCUGUCCGUGACUUGUUGUUUAAAACGCACCCAAGGGGUUCAAUUAAGUAAAGCGCACGCAUACGACAGUCUAUACGUGUAAAUCAGUGUAAUACGACACAUUU